AUGUCGUCCAAUAUAAGCCUUCCCUCCAAAUCACCCGUCUGCACACUGGUCUCUCUCGACCACCUUGUUUUAACCGUUCGCUCGCUUCCCGAAACCAUCAAAUUCUACACUGAAGUCCUAGGCAUGGCUCACCAGUCCUUUACAUCACCAAAGGACCCCGACACAACACGGCACGCCUUACUAUUCGGAAGUCAAAAGAUUAAUCUACAUCAAGCGGGCAAGGAGUUUGAACCAAAGGCGCUGACAGCGCUACCUGGUACUGCGGAUCUAUGCUUCUUGACGAAUGAGGAUGUAAGUGCCGUGUUGAGUAAGUUGGUCGAGAGAGGCAUUGAAGUACUGGAAGGUGGCGGAAUAGUGAACAGGACUGGCGCAAGAAGCCCGUUGAGGAGUGUGUAUGUGAGAGAUCCAGAUGGGAAUUUGAUAGAGAUCUCCAAUCCAACAGUAUAA